AAAGUCAUUAAAAACAUAAAUAAAUAAAUAAAAUAAAAAAGCAAACCAAUCCCACCACAACACAAAACUCCAUUUUCAAACGAUUCUUUAAUGGCAGCUUUAGCAACGAGAAGACGACGACCAUCGGAAUCCGAUCGGUUAUUACCUUCAGUAUCAACUGAUUCCUACACAAAAGUAGAUAAACAGCCUCCUGAAAAACCACCUGCUGACGUGGACAAAGGACUUUCAUGGACAUUUCCGAUAUUUGCGUUAGGUUUGUUGAGAUAUAUGAGUGCAACUACUAAUAUCAUUCAUGAUUGUGAUGAAGUUUUCAAUUAUUGGGAGCCUCUUCACUUCGUUCUUUAUAAUUCCGGUUUUCAAACUUGGGAAUACAGUUCUCAGUUUGCAUUGCGUUCAUACCUGUACAUUCUUUUCCAUAAUAUGGUGGCCUGGCCAGCUUCAUUGUUCUUUAACUGGCUUGAUGAGGAUAAAGUAAGAGUAUUUUAUGCCGUGAGGAUAUUUCUUGGCCUUCUAUCAGUCAUAACUGAAGCUGCUUUGGUAGUAGCGCUUUCAAGGAAGUAUGGAAAACGCCUUGCAUUGUAUACACUUGCCCUGUUGUGCUUAACAAGUGGUUGCUUUUUUGCCAGCACAAGUUUUCUGCCAAGCUCUUUCUCAAUGUAUGCUAUGUCUCUCUCUUCAGCAUUGUUUCUAUUUGAUAUGCAUGCCACAGCUGUUGCCGUUGCAGCAACUGGUGUCAUUCUUGGUUGGCCAUUUUCAAUCCUCGCCUUUCUUCCGGUUACAGUUUAUUCUCUACUUAGAAGGUUCAAGCAAGCAUUUUUCUCAGGGGCAUUCAUUUCUCUUACUCUUCUGACACUCUCGGUAGUUGUAGACUAUCAUUACUAUGGAAAAUGGACAUCAUCUGUCAUGAAUCUGUUGGUGUAUAAUGUCUUAGGAGGUGGUGAGAGUCAUUUGUACGGAACAGAAGGGCCAUUGUACUACUUGAAGAAUGGAUUCAAUAACUUCAACAUUGCUCUUGUUCUUGCACUGCUCUUCCUGGUUACUCUACCGGUUACAAAGAAGAAGUAUACCCCUGACAUGUUAAUUGUCAUAUCUCCUGUGUAUAUCUGGUUGGCCUUCAUGUCUUUGCAGCCACAUAAAGAAGAAAGAUUCCUAUAUCCUAUAUAUCCCCUUAUAUGUGUUGCCGCUGCAGCAGUAAUUGAGAGCUUUCCUGAUUUUUUCUAUGAUCGUUAUAGUACUGAACAAUCUUUGCUUUACAAGAUAGCUAAAUACACGAGACCGUUGUUUAUUGGCCUCAUUCUGUGUGUUUCUCACUCUAGAACAUUCUCCAUCAUAAAUGGUUAUGCUGCUCCAUUAGAGAUUUACAAGCACUUUGAACAUCACGAUGAUGCUGGAACAGGUGCGGUGGUCUGUGUGGGAAGUGAGUGGCAUCGGUUUCCAUCUUCCUUCUUUAUUCCGGACUAUGUGGGUGAAGUUAGGUGGAUUAAUGACGGCUUCAGGGGCCUACUUCCGUUUCCAUUCAACUCAACCUUAGGUGGAACUUCAGCUGCACCACCAUAUUUUAACAAUAAGAACAAGGCAUCUCCUGACCAGUUUCUAGAAGACAUUGAAAGCUGUGAUUUUCUUAUUGAGCUACAACUGCAAAGACCAUUUCUUUAUCGAGGCAGUGACUUGUCAAAAUGGGAGGUGGUUGCGGCAUUGCCAUACCUAGAUAGGGAAUUUUCACCCCCAUUACACCGAUCGUUUUUCAUACCAUACAUGUGGGAAGAGAAAAACAUAUUUGGGAUCUAUAAGUUAUUAAAGAGACACAAAGAGCAACAGUAGGUUUUGCAAGUAGCUGGAUCUUGGCUCUUGUUAGAUUACUACUAAUUUUAGGACAUGAUAGACCUUCUUGCAACAUUUUGCAAUACUUGUUUUUAGUUAUGUACUUAUCUUUUUAACUUUUUUUUAUUCC